CUCCUACCACGCAUAGUUGCAUCUCUCUGCUGGUCUUCUGUCUCUCCCUCCUUUGGCGGCAUACAUUCGAGCAAACGGCGAACAAGCACAGGCGUAAACAGGCAGCGCACAAGGAUGCCGGGCAACAAGAAGAAGAACAAGGGCGCCAACAAGGCCAAGAACGCACCUGCUAGGAGCAAUGCUGCUAACAAGGAUGACCUGGCCGGGCUUGACGAGAUCUUGAGUAACCCGGAGCAAAUGGCGGAGGCGCAGCGAGAGGCGGUGGAAGCGAGCGGCUUCAAGCCGCGCUCGGGCAAGCAGAACGCUCAGAUCGGCCUCAGGGGUUUCACCCAGGCGACCCAGAACCCGGCCAUGUUCAAGGACGCGAUGAGCAUGCUCGGAGACCCCUCGGCGGUGAAGGAGGCGGAGGCGAUGAUGAACGACCCGGAGUUCAAGUCGGAGAUCAACCAGUACAUGGAGACGCUUAAGAACAACUCGGCCUUUCGCGAUGCCAUGGCCGAGGCCCAGCGAAAGUACCAAGCUCUGCUGGCGGACCCCGAGAAGAUGAAGCAGGCGACGGACAAGUACAACGCCUUGAUGAAGCAGCAGCAGGACGCCGCAGCGGCGGGGACGCCGGCAGCAGCAGCAGCGGGGGGUGGCGGGGGAGCGGCGGGGGCGACGGGGGCGACGCAGGCAGGGAAGGAGGCGGCGGCGGGGGGGCAGGACGACGGCGAGCCGCCGGUCCCCGAAGCGGGAGCGGAAGAAGAGGAAGAGGAGGCCCCCGCGGAAAAGGUGAGAGUGAACGCGUGCACAGCACCCUUCUGUUUUUGGGUGUGUUACGGAGGGUGA